AUGGGUGCUCUAUCGGGAACCGCGCGCGUGUGUGCAUUCCAGCGAGACCGAACAGCGUCGAGUUCUUGGCCAGUCGCAUCAAAAACGUUUCCAGCUGGUCGUCGCGGUGGUGUGCAACCAGCACACUCUGAAUGUCCAAGCGGUCCAUCGUCUGAGAGAUCAGCGAGAGUCCACGUCCAGCAGGCCGAGCUGGGUGUUUCCGAACUUGCCCACGUCACAGCCAAAGAACACCGGGUGGUUGGCCUUGAGCAUGGCGAUGGCUGCCUGUUUCAGAUUGUCCACGGCGGUGUUGACAUACUCAAUCGGCUUGCCACCUUCGAUGUUGCCGAGCUUGUCCACUGUGUAGAGACCCUCAGUGUUUCUUGGGUCGUGGAUCAGAGAGAAGUAGGAGGCAGCGUCGAACUUGAGAAUGUCUUUGUAGAAGCCCUUUGGAGUGGUCUUGACGGAGUGGUAGUUGCCAAAGGUGUCCUUGUACUCCCAGACGAUCUCGUCGUCGGGCUUUGGAGGAAUACCCAAGGUGAGGGCCAGGAUAUUGUAGAUAUCGCGCAGCAUGGCCUCCUUGGCACCGUCGAUGUCGGCGGCCUUCUCGCUGGUGCUAAGUUUCCGCAGAACCAGCGCAAACUCACGCAGCUUGUUCUCGACAAGACUGUUCAAAGCCCCGGAGUUAAUGGACGAGGCAGAGUCCGUGAACACGGUCUUUGGGACCAGGCCGUACGUGUUGACAAGAUUGACCACCAUGUCCCACUGACCACCGUCGUUCUCGGGCAGACCCAUGAGGAAUUGGACCAGUCUCGAGUCGAUGUCCUCGUCGGCACUGUCAACGAUACGGUUGAGGAACCAGUUGCACUUUUCGAGCUUGUCGUAGAAAAACAGGUAGUUCUGCGACAGCUCGAAUGA